AUGAGUACACGCAAGCUUAGGAUCGGCGUCGAUGUUGGAGGAACCAAUACAGACGGAGUGGUUUUAGAUCUCUCAAAAUCUUCCGAACCUGAUAGAGGCAUUGUGGCCUGGAAAAAGGCGAGCACGACGAGCAACCCAAGCGAUGGAAUCAUCAACGCUAUCAAAGAGAUGUUCCAGGACUCUCACAUUAAUCCGGAGGAUGUGGCCAGUGUGACUAUUGGCACAACUCAUUUCAUCAACGCUGUGGUUGAAAUGGACCAAUCGCGGUUAGCGAAAGUCGCCGUCAUACGACUGUGUGGUCCAUUUUCCAAGGACAUUCCUAUCGGGAUCGACUGGCCUCCCAGGCUCCGAAGCAUUGUGUGUGCAUACAGGGGCCUGGUGAAUGGAGGUCUGGAGAUUGAUGGCAAUUUGAUUUCGGAGUUGGACGAAGAUGAGGUUCGACGUCAAUGCAUUGAAAUCAAAUCCUUAGGCAUCAGAAGCAUCGUCGUUGUUGGCGUCUUCAGCCCGAUCGAUUUGAUAUACAAGCAAGAAGAAACAGCCGCCGAGAUCAUCCGGAGCAUUUAUCCAGAGGCCAACGUUGUUUGUUCAAAGGAAGUGGCAAAUAUUGGCUUCCUAGAAAGAGAGAAUGCUGCGGUCCUCAACGCGUCGAUUCUUCCCUUUGCUCGCCGCACUAUCCACUCGUUCCAGGAGGCUGUCUCUCGGCUGAACCUGAAGUGUCCAGUCUUUGUUACGCAGAACGAUGGGACAAUCCUGCCAGCUAGUGCUGCCGCCCGAGUGCCCAUCCGGACUUUCUCGAGCGGACCGACCAACAGCAUGCGCGGUGCUGCUUUCCUGAUGCAGGACCAUAAGAACGAAUUGAUGAUGGUAGUCGAUAUUGGCGGCACAACUACGGACGUUGGCCUGCUGUUGAAGAAUGGCUUCCCACGACAGGCAGCUGCUUACAGUGAAAUUGCAGGCGUUCGAACCAACUUCUCGUACCCCGAUGUUAGAAGCAUAGGGCUUGGAGGAGGGUCGAUCAUCGGGCGAGAUAAGUCUGGAAAGUUGACUGUUGGCCCUGAGAGUGUGGGUUAUCAAAUCCAAAGCAAGGCACUCGUCUUUGGAGGUGAUAUCUCAACCGCUACAGAUUAUACCGUACUGGGGAGUCCUGAUAUUCAAAUUGGGGAUCGAACGAAAUUAGAAGGACGUAGCCUGGAGCAGAACCUACCAGAGGUCCAAAGAAAGGUCAAGUCUAUGCUUGAACAGAUCGUGGAUACGAUGAAGACCUCGCCUGAAGACAUCCCGAUUGUCUUAGUCGGCGGAGGUGCAGUCAUCGCCCCAGACAGUCUCGUGGGUGCCAGCCGUGUGGUCAAGCCAAAGUGGUCAGGCGUUGCGAAUGCAAUUGGUGCUGCAACUGCGCGGGUUAGUGGAGUGAUCGAUUCCGUGGAAAGCACCGAAUCGAGAACUCAGCAAGAUAUCUUAUCAGAACUGUCCCAAAGAGCAACGGACAAAGUUGUUGCGAAUGGGGCGCUGAGAGAAUCUGUCGUCAUUGCUGAGAUCGAGACUUUCCCACUUCAGUAUAUCGCGAACAAGUCUCGAAUUAUCAUCAAAGCCGUUGGUGAUUUUGAUUAUUCCCGUACAGACUUUGAAGACAUUUCUGCAACGGCCGAUGCCAAAGUUGAUGGUUUCGCCGACGGUCGAAAUCAUAUUGAACAAAAGACUACCAAUAGGGAGAACUCUAAAGAUUUGCCAUCAACUUCUCGUUCUUUAGUAUUGACUAAAGAAGAUGUCAUGUCCUACAAGCCCAGUGUUAUCAAUCGACAGUGGCUCUUGUCCGAGACUGAUUUGGAAUUCAUCACAAUCGGAUGCUAUAUCCUUGGAACAGGAGGUGGCGGUAGCCCAUACCAACAUUUUCUUCGUUUGAGAGAGCUCCUGCGCGGGGGAGCAAAAUUACGAGUAAUAUCUCCGCAGGAUCUCAACGAUGACGAUAUUAUCGCUUGCGGAGGUGGAAAAGGAUCUCCACAGGUGUCCAUAGAAAAGCCUUACGGAGACGAAAUCCUCGAAUCUCAGAGAGAGCUCUACAAGUUUCUGAAAACGAAGCCCGACGCCGUUAUUCCCCUAGAAAUCGGUGGAGGCAACGGGUUACAAGGCUUGAUUAUUGGCGCUUCGUCAGCCUUAGAUAUUCCAGCAAUCGACGGCGACUGGAUGGGAAGAGCAUAUCCUGUGUCUUGGCAAACGACUCCGGUCGUCUUCGAGAAGAAAGCGAUGAUGGUGCCAACAUGCAUCUCAGAUGGAAACGGACGAAUCAUUCUCAUGACUCACGCACCUACAGAGCUGGAUGCAGAGCGUGCUCUCCGUGCCGCUCUUUCUCAAAUGGGCUCCCAUGUAGGAUGUGCCAAAGGGCCAGUUAGCGGCAAGAAUACGAAGAAGUGGGUGGUAGAGAACACCAUGUCGCUCUCCUGGAGAAUCGGGCGCGCAGUAACCUUAUCAAGAUGCGCCAACACGAUUGACACCGUGGCCGAGUCCAUCAUAGCCGAGGUCGGCGGGUCGGAGUCAGCUCGAGUCCUUGCCAAGGGCAAAAUCAUCGGUGUGGAAAGAAUUGUUAAGAUGGGGCAUACUUACGGUGAGGCUAUUAUCGAACUCGCCGCUUCGCAGGAUGACAACGGCAUUGUGUCAGCUCCAGCAAAGGAACGCGUCAUUAUUCCCUUCAAGAACGAGAAUAUAUAUGCCAAAAAGAUAGAUGCCGAUGGAAAAGAAGAGUUUCUCGCCGUUGUACCCGAUCUCGUCUGCGUGAUCGAUGCACAGAAUGGUGAGGCUUUGGGCACUCAGGAAUAUCGCUACGGUCUUCCCGUUGUCGUCAUUGGCAUUACAGCCUCGGACAAAUGGACCUCGACGGCGAGGGGGAUCGAGAUCGGAGGGCCCAAGGGAUUUGGCUUUAACGACCUCGAGUAUAAACCUCUCGGGAAAUUCUCGAAGCCUCGAAGCGUAAUUGACGAGUUCAACGCAUCAAAAUCCAGUUAG